CCCGCCUCGGUGUCACCCUCCCCCCCAAUGGGUGCUGCCGGCGGGGCCUUGUCCCACGCGGUGCUGGCCGCUGUCUGCCUGCUCUGUGCCCAGCGGGCCCGGCAGGUCACCGAGGGCCCAGCCGCUGGCUUCCUUCUGCAGGCCUUGACAGCUGCCAGCGAUGCCCUGGCACCACUGUGGUCUGUCGUUGUCACCAGGGGAGGUGACAAUGAUCCUGACCCUUUCCCUGGUGUCUGGAUCUCAGCCAUGCUGGCUCAACCUUUGGUGGCCUUCGGCUUCCAUCGCCUCAGUGGUGACCAGGCCACUGCCAACCUGCUGUUGGGAGGUGCCACAGCGCUGGCACUCAUCACAGCUGUCACCACCAGCACUGGCACUGCACGGGCACCAGCGGAGGGACACUUGAUGGCUGCUCAUGCUGUCACUUUCCUCACCACCUGCAGCCUCCUCACUCUUGCUGGCCUUACUGGCAAUGGCACCGCAGCCCUGGGCGGGCUCCUGGUGGCUGCUGGCCACCUGCUGCCAGCACCUGACACCCAACAAGUGUGGCAUCCAUGGGUGCUGGCAGCGGGGAAUUUGGCACUGGAGAGGGCACUGAGGGUGCAGAAGCUGGGUGUGGAGUGAGCCAUGUGGCACCGUAUGGCACCAUGAGGUGUGUGAGGAGUAAAGUGCCAUAUGGUGAUGGUUCUGUGCCUGUGGGGUCAUUGUGGGUGUGGGUGCCACU